GGCAAGCGUCGCUGACGUCACGGGGAGCAGCACGCACAAGCAGGAAGCCUGAGGAGGAAACUAAUCAGAAAAAUAAACCAGAAAAUCAAACAGAGAAAUAAUAAAAAUAAAGACACGACGAGCCCGAGAAACCUCUCCGAAACAACCUGGCAGUCUGACCCCCCUGUCCCCCUGUCCCGUGUCUCUCUCCAGGGCAGUCAUGGACUUCUUGUUUGGAAAGAGGAAGACCCCGGAGGAGAUGCUGAGGCAGAACCAGCGAGCGCUGACCAGAGCCAUGCGAGACUUGGAUAGGGAGAGGCAGAGACUGGAGCAGCAGGAGAAGAAGAUCAUCGCCGACAUCAAGAAGAUGGCCAAGCAGGGCCAGAUGGACGCAGUGAAGAUCAUGGCGAAGGAUCUGGUGCGCACACGGCACUACGUGAAGAAGUUCAUCAUGAUGAGAGCCAACAUCCAGGCCGUGUCUCUGAAGAUCCAGACCCUGAAAUCAAACAACAGCAUGGCACAGGCCAUGAAGGGCGUGACCAAAGCAAUGGGCACCAUGAACAGACAGCUCAAGCUUCCUCAGAUUCAGAAGAUAAUGAUGGAGUUUGAGAAGCAGGCUGAGAUCAUGGAUAUGAAGGAGGAGAUGAUGAACGAUGCCAUCGACGACGCCAUGGGAGACGAGGAUGACGAGGAGGAGAGCGAUGCGGUCGUUUCUCAAGUCCUGGAUGAGCUGGGACUGACCCUCACUGACGAACUCUCCAACCUCCCGUCCACCGGGGGCAAACUCUCAGUGCAGACCGGGAAGAAAGCAGAGCCGACGCCAACCCUGGCAGAUGCCGACGCCGAUCUGGAGGAGAGACUGAACAACCUGAGAAGAGACUGAGAGAGAGGGAGAGGGAGGGGGGUGGAGA